GCGUGGCGCGUAGUGGCGAACGCGCGCAGCGCAUCGACGCCGCAGCGUCGCACGUCGUGCUCGAGCGCGUCGCCGAACGGCGUCGCACGUGGUGCUCGAGCAGCGCACGCCGCGCGGCGCGUCGACGUGAACGGCGUCCUCGCGCUUGACAGCACGGCGAAAGCGGACCAUGGCCGUGAACCACGACGUCGACGAGGCGCUGCUCGAGCCCUUUAACUACAUCAGCGAGAACCCGGGCAAGAACGUGCGCGGGUCGCUCAUCGACGCCUUCAACAUGUGGCUGGGCAUCCCCGGCGACCGCGUCGAGGCCAUCAAGCGCAUCGUGUCGCGGCUCCACAACGCGAGCCUGCUCGUCGACGACAUCGAGGACGGGUCGCAGCUCCGCCGGGGCAAGCCCGUCGCGCACGCGAUCUUCGGCGUGCCGUCGACGCUGAACACGGCGAACUACGUCUACUUCAUCGCCCUCGAGGAGUGCCACCGGCUCGACAACGGCGAGGCGCUCGCGGUCUUCGUCGAGGAGCUGCUCAACUUGCACCGCGGCCAGGGCCAGGACAUCCUGUGGCGCGACUCGUGCCGGUGCCCGACGGAGGCCGAGUACACGACGAUGGUGCUGGACAAGACGGGGGGCCUCUUCCGCCUCGCCGUGGGCAUGAUGGCCGCCUUCAGCGACCGGCGCAAGGGCGAGUUCCGGAAGCUGGUCGACCUGCUCGCGCUCUACUUCCAGAUCCGCGACGACCUCGUGAACCUGCGGUCCGACGACUACAUGCGGUCCAAGUCCUACUGCGAGGACCUGACGGAGGGCAAGUUCAGCUUCCCGAUCCUCCACGCGGUCCACGCGGCGCCGGGCGACACGCGGCUGCUGAACAUCCUCAAGCAGCGCACGGAGAACCCGGACGUGAAGAAGCACGCCGUCGAGCACAUGGCGUCCCUCGGCUCCUUCGCCUACACGCGGACCGCCCUCGCGAAGCUCAAGGCCGACAUCGGCGCCGAGAUCGCGCUCCUCGGCGGCCACGCGCGCCUCGCGGCGCUCAUGGACAAGCUCGACGCGCAGAUCGCCGACAAGCAGCGCGCGCCGUCCGACGAGCUGCCCCCGCCGCCGCGCGGCUCGCCGCUCGACGACGGCGCCAAGUGCCAGUUCGACACGUUGUAACAUCAUCGUUUU